GCAACCCUCGAAACCAUACCAAUUACCAUACCGAUAUCAGAGUCGGAACACUGAAAUUGUGUAUUUGCGGGCUGUGGCAUCCAGUGGCAGCAAGACAGCGAAAGAGAGCGAGAGAUACAGAGACAUGGGAAACCCAAAACAAAAGUGGACAUCGGAGGAAGAAGAAGCACUACGUGCAGGAGUGGCCAAGCACGGCACUGGAAAAUGGAAGGACAUCCAGAGAGACCCUGAGUUCAAUCCAUUUCUCUCCUCUCGCUCCAACAUUGAUCUCAAGGAUAAAUGGAGGAAUUUGAGUGUUAGUGCCAAUGGCCAAGGCCCCCGAGAAAAAUCACGGACGCCAAAAUCAAAACUCAACCAGGAGGCUCCCCCUACUCCAUCAUCCAUUGCACAGACCCCCACUGCAGCUCCAGUUGCACAUGAUGCAGUGGCUGAUCCAAAUAUGGAUGAUUCUUCAAAGAGUUUAAUGGAUGGAAAAAAUGCUUCAAGGUACAAUGCAAUGAUUUUUGAAGCACUUUCAACCUCGAAAGAGCCAAAUGGACUGGACACUGGUAAAAUCGUUGGCUUUAUUGAGCAAAGGCAUGAGGUUCCACAGAAUUUUAAGAGGUUGUUAAGUGCAAGGUUGAGAAGGCUGGUUGCACAAGACAAACUUGAAAAGGUCCAAAACUGCUACAAGAUGAAAAAUGAUGCCUCAUCUUUGACACCCACCGUAAAGGCUGGUGAUACAGUAGAAGAAGCAGCAGAGGCUGCUGCCUACAAGAUUGCUGAAGCAGAAAACAAAUCUUUUGUGGCAGCUGAAGCAGUUAAGGAGGCAGAGAGGAUUUCAGAGAUAGCUGAAGACGCAGAUUCACUGUUGCAGUUGGCGAAAGAGAUUUUUGAGAAAUGUUCACGAGGUGAAAUUGUGCUUAUGGCAUGACCAAACUGGAGGAAUGAUACCCCUGAUUAGAAUUUGUAAAUUUAGAUUGCUGUGUUUUCCCGGUGCAAUUGAACUAGUUGGUUGUAUACUGGUUGCCCAAUAAUGAAACUGCAUCUCUUCAGACUCGCCCUGGUGAUGGGAGAACUCUUACAUAGGCUGUCCUGUCUGUCAGUCUUCACAGGUUUGUUUUCUGUAAUUUUCAGUCAAUGGUAAGGCGCUGAUUUGUUAAUGAUGGAGUGGCAAAUUGGCAAUCA